GCUCGCUGCGGCAGCCGCUCUCCGCAGCGCCUCGCCGCCGCCGCCAUGGCGGACCCCGCCGAGUGCAGCAUCAAGGUGAUGUGCCGAUUCCGGCCCCUCAACGAGGCCGAGAUCCUCCGCGGGGACAAGUUCAUCCCCAAGUUCAAGGGCGACGAGACGGUGGUCAUCGGGCAAGGGAAGCCGUAUGUCUUUGACAGAGUGUUACCUCCUAAUACAACCCAGGAACAAGUUUAUAAUGCCUGUGCCAAGCAGAUCGUUAAAGAUGUUCUUGAAGGCUACAAUGGCACAAUCUUUGCUUAUGGACAGACGUCAUCAGGCAAAACUCAUACUAUGGAGGGGAAGCUGCAUGACCCUCAGCUGAUGGGAAUCAUUCCAAGAAUUGCACAUGACAUCUUUGAUCACAUCUAUUCCAUGGAUGAAAACCUGGAGUUUCACAUAAAGGUUUCCUACUUUGAGAUUUAUUUGGACAAAAUAAGGGACCUACUUGAUGUGUCAAAAACAAACCUUGCUGUACACGAAGAUAAAAACAGAGUUCCGUAUGUUAAGGGAUGUACAGAAAGAUUUGUGUCUAGUCCUGAGGAGGUUUUGGAUGUCAUUGAUGAAGGGAAAGCUAACCGCCACGUAGCUGUUACAAAUAUGAAUGAACACAGCUCUAGAAGUCACAGUAUCUUCCUCAUUAAUAUUAAGCAAGAGAAUGUGGAGACUGAGAAGAAACUCAGUGGAAAGCUUUACCUGGUAGACUUGGCUGGCAGCGAGAAGGUCAGCAAAACUGGAGCGGAGGGUGCUGUUCUUGAUGAAGCUAAAAAUAUCAAUAAGUCUCUGUCUGCACUAGGCAACGUGAUAUCUGCCUUGGCAGAAGGAACUAAAACCCAUGUUCCAUACCGAGACAGCAAAAUGACCCGGAUACUUCAGGAUUCCCUUGGUGGAAACUGCAGAACCACCAUUGUCAUCUGUUGUUCUCCAUCGAUUUUCAACGAAGCAGAAACCAAGUCUACGCUCAUGUUUGGGCAGCGAGCUAAGACUAUUAAGAACACGGUCUCUGUGAAUCUGGAGCUGACAGCAGAAGAAUGGAAGAAAAAGUAUGAGAAAGAAAAAGACAAAAACAAGAGUCUAAAGAAUGUUAUUCAGCAUCUGGAGCUGGAACUGAACAGGUGGAGAAAUGGAGAAGCUGUGCCCGAAGAUGAGCAGAUCAGCGCGAAGGAUCAGAAGAACCUGGAGCCUUGUGAUAACACCCCAAUUAUUGACAAUAUCACUCCAGUUGCUGCCAGCAUCUCGACAGAGGAGAAACAGAAAUAUGAUGAGGAGAUUGCUAGUCUCUACAGACAACUGGAUGAUAAGGAUGAUGAAAUCAACCAGCAGAGCCAGUUGGCUGAAAAGCUGAAACAACAGAUGUUGGAUCAAGAAGAGCUUUUGGCCUCCACUAGGAGAGACUAUGAGAAGAUUCAAGAGGAGCUGACUCGUCUUCAGAUUGAGAAUGAAGCUGCAAAAGAUGAGGUGAAGGAGGUCCUUCAAGCCCUCGAAGAAUUAGCAGUCAACUAUGACCAGAAAUCCCAAGAAGUGGAGGACAAGACAAGAGCCAACGAGCAGCUGACUGAUGAGCUGGCACAGAAGAGUACUGUCCUGACAACUACCCAAAGGGAGCUGGGCCAGUUACAGGAACUCAGUAACCAUCAGAAGAAAAGAGCUACAGAGAUCUUAAACUUGCUGCUUAAGGAUCUGGGAGAGAUUGGAGGAAUCAUUGGUACUAAUGAUGUUAAAACGUUAGCAGAUGUGAAUGGGGUGAUUGAAGAAGAGUUCACCAUGGCGCGGCUCUACAUCAGCAAGAUGAAAUCCGAGGUGAAAUCUCUUGUGAACCGCAGCAAGCAGCUAGAGAGUGCCCAGAUUGACUCCAACAGGAAGAUGAACGCCAGCGAGAGGGAGCUAGCAGCUUGCCAGCUCCUCAUCUCACAGCAUGAAGCAAAGAUCAAGUCCUUGACAGACUACAUGCAAAAUAUGGAGCAGAAGAGAAGGCAGCUGGAAGAAUCACAAGACUCUCUCAAUGAAGAACUUGCCAAGCUACGUGCUCAAGAAAAAAUGCAUGAAGUCAGCUUCAAGGAUAAGGAGAAGGAACAUCUGACCCGGCUUCAGGAUGCAGAGGAAAUGAAGAAGGCCCUGGAGCAGCAGAUGGAGAGUCACAGGGAAGCCCAUCAGAAGCAGCUGUCCAGGCUGAGAGAUGAGAUUGAAGAGAAGCAGAAAAUAAUUGAUGAAAUCAGAGAUAUGAAUCAGAAGCUGCAGCUGGAACAAGAGAAACUGACUGCUGAUUAUGAUAAAUUAAAAAUUGAGGACCAGGAAAGAGAAAUGAAAUUGGAAAAGCUCAUAUUGCUGAAUGAUAAAAGGGAACAAGCAAGAGAAGAUCUCAAGGGGCUGGAGGAAACUGUGGCAAGAGAACUUCAGACCCUCCACAAUCUGCGCAAACUGUUUGUUCAAGACCUCACCACUCGAGUUAAAAAAAGUGUUGAACUUGACAGUGACGAUGGGGGUGGAAGUGCUGCGCAGAAGCAGAAAAUUUCCUUUCUUGAGAACAAUCUGGAACAACUUACAAAGGUUCACAAACAGCUGGUUCGUGAUAAUGCAGAUCUUCGUUGUGAGCUUCCUAAGCUGGAGAAACGCCUUAGAGCUACGGCAGAGAGAGUUAAGGCCCUGGAGAGUGCACUGAAGGAGGCCAAGGAGAACGCGAUGCGCGACCGCAAGCGCUACCAGCAGGAGGUAGAUCGCAUUAAGGAGGCUGUGAGAGCCAAAAACAUGGCACGGAGAGCGCACUCGGCUCAGAUUGCCAAGCCCAUCCGCCCUGGUCAUUACCCAGCAUCUUCUCCAACAGCUGUUCAUGCCAUUCGAGGAGGAGGGAUGUCAAACUCCAGCUACUAUCACAGCACCAAAUAAGAGGUCAGUUCCACUUAGCAUGUUAAGAACUGUCAUUAAGUCACUAGUUUCUUUUUUCCUCCUCUACCUGAUCCCCGUUCUGUUCAUCGUGCGCUUCCUACAGCCGUCAGCAACGCUCCGGUCCCAGGUACUCCGAGCUUCGUAGGAUCCCCAGGUGCACAGAAGUGCUUAGCUCAGCUCUUCGACGACUCCUUGUACAAUAUAUUUACCAUAAGCAUCUAAGUAAUGAUAGGAGGUCUGCCACUCAGAAUAUUUCACUGACUGCAUUCGCCUCUUGGCGCUGGUUGGGUUGGGGCUUCUACACUCAAAUUGAUGCUUUUUGAAGUCUGUUGCAUCUGUAAAUCCCGACUUGUGGCAUCAACGAAUUAAUUAUUCAAUGACCAAGUGCCAUCAAAGGCAGGUGAUUGUGCUCUCUCAUGACUGAUUUACUGUAUAAUAUACAUAUUAUUUUAUAUUUUUAGGGGAUGAAAAUGUGCUGCUAUAUGGUUUGAUUUUACUGCUUACAUUUUCGGAAGUAAAUUUCCCCAAAGAACCAUUUGUAAUAUCCUGGUAAAAUCUUUGAACUGUAUAAAAUAACCUCUAUUGCAGUACCUGGUAAAGAUCAAAUGGGAUGCAGAGAAAUCUGUUAGUAUAGAUCUAGGUUUUGAAGUUUGGUAGUUACAUGAAUAUAUGUGUGUGACCUGUCUUACAACUGAGAUCUGAGCUGCGUGUGGUUCUCCCUUGGAUGGUGAGUUUUCCUGGAAUGUGACGGCUGGCCACGUGUUUGUAGGCAUUGCCCUCGAUGACAUUUUGGAAGCUUUCGGAAUGCUGCAGAAGUCUUGCCCCUGGAAAGCUGGCAAAUACCGCCCCCCCUCCCAUUCCCGCAUGCCUUGGGCAAGCCUGGAUCUGCUCGCCCUGGAAUUCAGGUGCACGAUUGAACAGCAGGAGACCCUACCUUGAAAAGAAUAUGUGUGGAGGGUCCAAAAGGAGGGGAGAGUUAGACACCCAGCACUGUCCUUUGCAGAGCAGGCUUAGAAGUACACGUGUUAACAAACGAGGAGCAUAUUGCAAGGGGAAAGAAUGUAUUUAUUGCUUGCCUGUCAUAAGGCUACGAUACACAAGUUGUAUUAAGGUUAGUAUAGGUGUGCACGCCGGGUGAGUGAUGAACCCCCCGCGUCCCGAGCCGCCCGCAUCCCGAGCCGCCCUCCCGGCAGCCGCUGUCCCAGACGAGCGCGCGUUUCAGCAAGGUGACAGCCCCCAUAGCCCUCCAGCCGCCUCUGGCACCUCCUGGCUCCUGUUUAACUGGAGAUUCUUCUCCUUAGGUCUAAACCUAACUAGACAUAAAAGUAUCUAAUGUUUUGAUUGAAAUUUUUUGAUAGAUUGUGAAUUGACUUUAGAUUUUUUUUUUACUGAAAUUAUUUAAGAGCUCUCAGUUGUCAGGUUAUUAGAAUUAAUUUAACAUUUGCUUUUAUUGUUGCACUACUUCGAGGAGCAUUUUGCUAGAAAUAUUUAACAAAGUUGCAAAUUUGCAUGUAUUUAUUUUGUAUCUUUUGAAGUUUUAUAUUUUUCUUUAUGUGCAUGUGCACUGCCAGAAAAAUGAACUGUGAACUUGCCAUAUGCAAUCUUUAAACAAAUUGCUAAUUCAGAACUACUCUGUACUGUCUUAGCAGCUCUUCAUGGCUGAAGUCUAUUAUGAACUAAAUCAUUAUCCUCUUGUUCUGGUUCCAAAGCCGUUCUCUUAAGGAACACCAAACUGCUGCUGUCAAAGAUUUAUAUUGUUUUCUUGUAAAAUGAAAAUACAAGGCUAUGAACUUCUGUUAGCUGAAUUCAGAGUAUAUUAUAGAAUUGCAUUUUAAAUGCAGCAUUAUCUUAAAAAAAAAUUGAGUUCCCCAUGUCACCAUCAUUAGUAUCUGACAGUUCAGCUGGGCUCCGGGAAGAAGUUACCUUAGACAUUUCUUAGACAUUUCUUAGUUGUGCUCGUGCUGAUCAGCCAGUCAGUUCAUGUAGCCAAAACAAUCUAAGUUUCUCCAAGGUAACUUUGAGACCAGGGGUGUGGGAGAACUGCCUAGGCCUGAUCUGUGGAAAAGAUCUAAAACGCUGAAUUUUUCAAAGAAACACAGAAGAUGUUUACUAGAUUGGAAAUAAUUAACUGUCAAAGCACUUUUUUUAAAAUAAGCCUAUUUUAACUAGGCAAGUUCAUAUUGCAUAAUGUAUAUUCAACUUUUCUACCAUUUUUAAGUCUUCUACAUAUUAUAUGUGGAAAUGUAAGCCACACAUCUGCUCUGCAGAGGUCAACCUGUCUCGCUAUUUUCCACUACUUGAUGCUAUCUUGAUUUUUCUUUCUUCUCUCUCUGAAUGUUGUCUUAUAUUUAUUCUAGACUUAAUUUUAAAAUUGUGAUUUAUGUAGUGUAAAAUAAAUUACAUGCUUUGGGCAAAUUUUGUUGGAAACAUUAUUCAUGAAUCUUACUUAAGAAGAAACUAAAAUGUAUAUUAUUCUUUUUGUUAAUAGUUAACAAAUAUUUCCUGAUCACUUGAACUUCUUUCAUUGAAUUAGUUCAAAUACAUUGUGUUUGUCCUUGAAUUCAUAUUUCACUGACUUUCCUUAAGGCAGUUUUUUUUAUUUAUUUAAACCUGGAAAGAUGUUGGCUGACGUUCUUUUAAGUUUGUACUUAACAAGGGUGAGAGUGGAUUAUCCAGAAUAUAUUUUAAAAAUCUAUCAUAACCUUUACUAAAGUAAUUUCUCCUACAAAGCCUUUAAGUAAUUGUUAAGCUUCAUUUUAUAACGCUGAAUGAAUUAAGAUUCACAUUUGUCCCUAAAAAAAUAAAAUGAAAGGAUAAGUAAGGCUUGGAAAUAAAUGGUUAGGUGUUUACUUUUAGCUUUAUAUUAUUUAGUAAAAUGGGAAGUUAAACCAUGUGGUUGUGCAGGUCCCAAAUAAACAGGCCUAAACAAAUUGCCAUUAUUGGAGGAGACUGAGGUAUAGAGGAGAAAACCUUGUGAAAAUGUAGUAGGUAUCAAUUGGAAGUUAAAGGGAAUGGAAAAAAAAAUAAUAGGAUAAUCCUUAUCUCCCCUUGUUUUGAUGUUCACCUUUAACGCAAGUGAAUUGAGUGCACUGGACUGCUGUAGAGGACGAACACCACUCCACCGCUUGUGUCUUGCCCUCACCGUCUUGUCAGUUUGAACCACUUUCCUUGUGGGAGAAAUCCGGGGCUUGAAGCAUUCUGUAGAAUUGUACAUGUCUAGUUUGUAAAGUGUGUAACGUGUACUGCAGA